AUGGCGACAAAUAACAUCGUGGUUCUUGGGGCCGGAGUGUCUGGGCUCACCACUGCGUAUCUUCUAUCCCAAGAUCCCAGCAACUCCAUUACUGUCGCGGCCAAGCACAUGCCCGGAGACUACGAUAUCGAGUACUGUUCUCCUUGGGCCGGUGCCAAUUACUCUCCGAUGGGACAUCCUGGCACUAACCAUGCCAAAUGGGAACGAGCGACAUGGGAGCCAUUGAAGGCGCUGACAGAGAAGCAUCCGGAGGCUGGGAUUCACUUUCAAGAAUCUAUCAUCCACAACCGAAAAAAAGACCAAGAAACCACGACUGGGAAAUGGUUCUCAGCGCUUGUCAGCGAGAAUCCGUGGUACAAAGACGUUGUUCCUGAUUUCAAAAACGUCCCAAAAGACCAACUACCCCCCGGUAUCGACAACGCGCAAGUCUUCACCUCGGUAUGCAUCAACACUGCAGUAUACCUCCCCUGGCUGGUCGGUCAAUGCCGAAAGAACGGUGCAGUUUUCAAGAGAGCAGUCUUCAAGCACGUCUCGGACGCAGCAAGCGCCCACCACUCCGGCAAGCCAGCGGAUGUUGUCGUGAACUGCACCGGCCUAUCAUCCAAGAAGCUGGGUGGUGUGCUCGAUGACAAGCUCUACCCUGCCCGCGGACAAAUUAUCGUUGUCCGCAACGAACCGGGUAGGAUGGUUUCGAUGUCAGGCACCGACGACGGUGAAGACGAAGUCCUGUACAUGAUGACCCGCGCAGCGGGCGGCGGAACCAUUUUGGGUGGCAGCUACCAAAAGCACCAGUGGGACCCAUUGCCCGAUCCCAACCUGGCCCUGCGCAUCAUGAAGCGUGCUAUUGCUAUAUGCCCGGAGCUAGUCGGGAAAGGCCAGGGAAUUGAAGGGCUAGACAUCGUUAGGCACGGCGUUGGACUGCGUCCCUUGCGUGACGGUGGGCCACGUAUUGAGGCGGAGAAGAUUCAAGGCGUUGCGGUCGUGCACAACUACGGCCAUGGCGGAUUUGGAUACCAGUCUUCCUAUGGCUGCGCAGCCGAGGCGGUGCGGUUGGUUAAGGAGACUUUGCAGAAGAAGGUCCAGGCGAAGUUGUGA